GGGACGUCACCGCCCGCUGAUUGUUGCUGUUACCGUGGCAACGGCCGCUUCCCGACUUUGACAGCUCGGCUCGUCUCGGCUCGCAAGUUCAAACAUAAAAAAUAUAUAUAUUUUUUGCAAAUGGAAUUCAAUUCGAAGCUUGUUACCGAGUGCGUGUUGUUUUGCGACUCAAGGAGCGAUUGAUGAAGGGCCGCACGACGCCGACUCACGGUCACGCGACGGAUUCACCACUACUUAAAUAUGGCAUCGAACAAUCAGCGGAGCGAUCGCGCGUGUGGUCAAAGCGGGGAAGAAGAUUGUCUGCAGAGCAAACCACGGCGCAGCGUGCAGACAGAACCGCUUUCAGCUGCGCAGACGCCCAGGUUUUUCCCAGAACUUGAACCUUCUCCGCAGCUCCUUCGUAGCCAAACCAGACUUUCCAGUGUCUCAUCCCACGGCCGCGUUAACAAAGUUGAAUUUUCAGGUUUUCAAAAUAAAAUUGUUUUAACCGAGUGUGCACUGCGUACAAAAAGUGAACCCGCUGGAUCGUGUGAUUUACGCAUCCCUAAAGAGAAUGCUGUCAGAAUGUGUAAGUCACCUGUGGAUGGCGCAGCCAUUCCCAGAAUAAAUAAAGAUGGGAAUGUAGAUAAGACACAAGAGAGAAAACGUGGGAAAUGGUCAUCAACACCAUCUAUCCCUGAUAUUCAUGGUAAACGUGAUGAAGAAAUGGUGCCAAAUGUGCUUGUGCCCUCGUGCCAAAAACCUGUUAUAGCACAUUUUGCUGGGACUGCUACUCAGAUUGUCAUAAAUGCCAGAGCCAAGCCAACUGUAAAUUCAUCUUCUCAAGCAUUUGCUAAAUCUACUGUGCCACAACUACAGAGUUCCACAGGAAGGACAACACCUGGAGCUACCACAAAAUCUGCUUUACAGAAUAAAAAACAUAAUUUUGGAUCCAAAAACAAUGACGGUGAAAGUUGUGAUAAAAUACCUAAAUCAUGCUCUCUGGACAGAAAUAAGCCAAAUGAUCAACAACAAAAGGAAGAUGGUUCGCGUUGGCUUUUGCAAGAAGAUGCACAAUUAAUACAUAGGGACAAAUGUGCUGUGACCAAAACAUAUGAAAUAAUGGCUUCCCAAAAGUCAGCUGCGGAGCUGUUGAAAGAGGCUAAAGAGAUCGCUAAACCUGACGCUCCAAAAAUGUUUGAGAAACAUAUUAAGGAUGAAGAUGGUGGAAAGGGAGAUCUACCACCGCAUCCUGCACCAUUCGUGCUACACUCGCCAAACCUGUCUGACAAGGUCACGUUAAAUAACAGGAAUAUGUGUAGGGAAGAAUUCUGUAUUGACACGCAUCAGAUGACUAAAGUUAAUGAAGGAGUGAUGCAAACCUCCAUGCCCAAAUUUGAUCAGGACUCCUUAAGCAUACAGAAACGUGCAGAAAACAAGAAAAAUCAAGCAGAUGGUAGUUCAUCAAUUUGUGGCAGCGGAAACAAAGCGCCAGUUUUUGUCACAUGCUUGCCAGACGCUGCGUCAGAAAUGAAAGUUUGUGCAGUGACAAAUAACAUUUUCAAGGUCUCUUCGAAGUCCCAGUCAAUCCUUGAUUCCAGUCACAAUAAUCACGGAAAACGAACUGUUGAUUUGGCUAAUGAAAGAGAAGAUGCCAUGCUUCCCGAUCAGGUAUUUCAUGGAUUCCAGCAAACAGAUUUCUCCUGCCAACUUUUUUCAAGUACAAAGAAUAAAGCAACAAAUUGUUAAAAGGAAACUUGGUGGCUCAGAGAACAGUAAACUGUUUGCGGAUAAGCCUCUGUACAACCUGCCUGCAAAGGCAGCUACUGAUAAGGAGGUUGGUGCUUGCAGCAUCCACUAUUUCUGCACUGGAAACCUAAGCAAUGUUGUUCCUCCAAGGUUGCAGCAGUUUUCCAGGUUUUGUCAUGCACCCAGCAAGUACCCACCUUCCUGGAGUAAAUUAGCUGAAGAAAGUUUCAAUUCGGAAACGGCAAGGACUCUCGAGCAAGGUGUCAGCCUUACAGAAGUAUUAGCUUCUGAGAAAGACUGUCUACCUGUUAUGCCAACAUCAUGUCCUUCAAGUCUAGAGGAAUGGCGGAGAGUCGCAGAGAUCUGCGUACAAAGUCCUCAGUUUUGUGUGGUUGGGAAGCAGGUGCCACUGAAGAUAGAUGUUUCAAGGUUGUUCUGGAAUCCUUCGCCUCCUAAGUUUGCUUGCCCUACCUCUUACUUCAAACAGCUUAUUUGUCCCAUAUACCAGACUGAUCUGUUGAAAACAAUGGCCGAUACAGAGGCACUUCCUGCUGAAAUGGAUAAUGAAGGCGAUGAUGAUGAUGAUGAAGAAGAAGAGAUGAGAGAAUGUCUUGAAGAGAGAGAUCACACCGGUCGUGUGUUAUCUCGGACUUAUGGAUCAGAGCCAGCCUUGGGCAGACCCGGGCCAUUGCGGUCACUCUGUGACCUCGUGGUGACCUGCGCAAGCCCUGGCGGGGCACGGAGCCAGCAAGAAGUUUGGGAAACAUGUUCAAGUGAAAAAUGCGAUGAUCCAAGACUUUUAAAUUGGCAUGUGCAUUCUGUAGUCGAGAAGGUAAACCACAUGUUAAAACCAAGGAAAUGCAUAUCUGAGCCAUCUUUAAAUCACGAAGAUUCUGACUUUAAUUUGAAAGCACCUUCUGACUUCAGGACUUGCAUGGAUGAACUGGAAGCUCACAAAGCGAUGAUAAAAUUUGCUGCCAAAGAACUUAAAGAUGCUUCUGCAAAAAGUUGUGAUCAAACAGAAGUGUGUGUUAAGCCAAGGCAAAAAAUUGCCAAACUAACUCCAGCUGAAAAGGCCAGAGAAGCAGGUCUAAAAUAUGUCCAUUACCCAAAGAAAAAAAAGAAAAAAAGACAUUCACUCCACCCAGACAAGCUCGAAGCUGUCUUGGAUCAGCUCCAGUUACCCCCAAGGCUCUUGACACGGUGUUGUUCAGAUCCUCAUCUGCAGAGCCCACGUGGGAAGCCACCCUCGUGGGUUUUACACAGCGUUCAUCGUGACCGCCGCAGACCAAGCCUUCCACGUUGUUUGGAUUUUGGGAGCUUUGCAGACAAUCAGGGAAGAUUCCCAGAAGAUGAAAGUCCUCGGGAGUGGGUCCGAGACAUUUGGAACCGCUGGUUUGAUGAAGUGUUUCCUCCAACACCAAAGCCCAGCAACAACUUAUUGCAUGCAUCCACAGGGACCAAUUCGGAGGCGUUAGGUGUAUCAGCAGUAGAUAAGACAGAUGUUGAAAUUCGUGAUGCUAGUGCUGCGCCUGCUGUUGUGAACAUGGGUUUUGCAGAGCUGAAGCCAGGGAAGGAGGAUCUUGAAGCAGAAGGUGAACGCCUCUCUGGUCUCAUUGAGGCUCAAGGACAGCCCUCGUCAUUCCAUUUUUGUCGCAGGGGAGCUGUCUACAGAAAGCUUGGGCGGCUUGAUUUGGCAAAGUCAGAUUUAGAUACAGCCAUCAACAAGGAAGUGAUGCUGCUGGACGCGUACUGGCAUCGUCACUUUAUUCACCUGCUGCAAGACAAUCCACGUGCUGCACUAGAUGACCUGAACUUCAUCCUCAAACAUAACCAGACACGUGCAGAUGCAUAUAGAUCCCGGGCAGAAAUAUACAGCAGUCUUGGAGACAUUGACAUGGCUCUGUGCAAUUACAGCCAGGCUAUAAAGAACAACUCUGAGGAUUAUGAGAGUUACUUUCGACGUGCGGAAGCCAAUCAGCGGAGGGGGGAUAUGCAACUGGCUAUGCAGGAUUAUGCUCAGGCUGCCCGUAUCAACGCAAGCCAGGUGGAAGCGUUGAUAAGGUGUGGAAGAUUUCACUUGAAGCAAAGAGAUUGGGCUGCUGCCAUCCAGGACUUUACAACUUUGAUUGAUCGAGAGCCUAACAAUGCACUGCAUCGUACACAUCGAGGAAUAGCGUAUGCCAGUGUGAAUUGCUACAAGGAGGCAAUCAAAGACUUUACGUUGAGCAUCCGCUUGGACCCGAAGAACUGGAUCGGCUUCUACCAUCGAGGGUGCCUCCUGCGUGAAGCUCUCCCGACAAAGGCUCUGCAGGACCUCAGCAUCUCAGUCCUCUUGAACAACCGGGCAGACAAUAUGCUGGCUUUCCUGCACCGUGGGAUGCUGUACGCCCAGAUGGGAAGGUGGACAGAAGCAAUCUGUGACUUUGAGAUUGUACAGCAGAUGGACAGGACUGUGGCCCUAGCCCACAUGAACCUAGGACUGAUCCUGCUGACGGUGAAGAAGCAAUACCAUGCGGCCGUGAAGUGUUUUACUGCGGCCUUGAAGACCUUGCCUACCUGCAUCCGCGCCUACGUGCAUCGGGCUGAGGCAUACCAUAAGGUUGGCGACCUCCACAGCGCCCUCUGUGAUGUGACCAAGGCGAUCCACCUGGAGCCAACCUCGUUCCACCUCUACCUGAUGAGAGGGCAGUAUCUAUAUGAAAUGAACAACAAGACACUGGCUGUCUUUUGCCUGCGCCACGUUUUAAAAAUGAGUCAAGAGUUGGGCUUGUGCUCAAUGCAGCAGGCGAUCAUCCAGUCCUUUCUAAAGGACCAUCAGCAGGCCAUCGCGUGUCUGGCUGGCAUGUGCAGCAUGCAGCCGCAGGUCACCACGCUUGCUUUGCUCGGCAGCAUUCAGAUGAAGGCCGAGCAGUUCCAGGAGGCAAAAAUGAGCUUUGAGCAAGCACUACACUUGAGCAACUCAGUCAACAAAGACCAGCAGCCAGCUGAUGCCGCAAGGGCCAACAUUUAUUUCCUUUUGGGGCUGUGUCUAAUAGAGCAAUCUAACUUCAAAGAGGCUUUGAAGGCAUUCAGCGCUGUUCUGCAUAUCGUGCCAAAGCACCAAGAGGCCUUGUACAAGCGAGGCAUCUGUCGCUUGAGGUUGCAGGAUUCUUCAGGAUUAUUGGACAUCAACCAGACAUUGGCUCUCAACCCACACCAUAUUCAGGCGUAUCUGACCCGUGCAGCAUACUAUGGCAUGAAGGGAAGAUUUACAAAGGCCAUCAUGAACUGUAAUGAAGUGCUGAAGAUACAGCCCAGCUGUGUGAGAGCAUUCCUGUAUCGUGGGUCACUUAAAUAUUACAUCAAGGCAUACAAGCUAGCAGUGGAAGACCUUAGCUCUGCCAUCUACCUGGAUGGCAGCUGCUCACUGGCCUUGUACAACCGUGCUAUCUGCUAUCAAGAGCUUCAUGAGACUGACAAGGCUGUGAAGGAUUACAGCACCAUUGCCUUGCUUGGAAAGCAAAAUGACUUGUGCAGAAAAGUGAUGACAAAUCGAGGAUUGCUAUACUUUGACAGAGGAGACUAUCAAAAUGCACAGCAGGAUUUUUAUGCAGCCAGCAAGAUCAGUCCUACAGACCCCAAACUGCUCCAGGCAUUGGGAAUCUGCUAUCACAGGCUCGGCCGCGUGAAAGAAGCCGUCGCUGCAUUUGGCGAAGCCACGAAGGCAGACCCCUUCUACGUGAGCGCGUACGUUGGGCGCGGCAACGCCCUCAUGAACUACGGCCACGCGCCCGGCACCAGGGCGGCUCAGCGAGACUACCUCCGAGCGCUGCGCCUCAACCCGCUGAGCGCCCACGCCAGGGUUAACCUGGCCUACAGCCUUCAGGCAAAUGGAAGGUUUCAGAAGGCUUGGAAUCAUUUCACAACAGCAAUUGAGCUGGACACACGAUGCGCUGAAGCAUUUGAGGGCCGUGCAGUUGUAAACCUCCAGAUGAACAGCACGUUUGCCGCACUGCAAGACAUCAAUGCAGCCGUGAAGCUGGGGAAGUCGGCCGAGGUGCUGACAAACCGCGGCGCGAUCCACCAGUGUUCAGGCGAUGUGGUGAGCGCGAUGCGCGACUACCAGGCUGCCAUCGUCGCCGAUCCCAACUACGCCCUCGCGUACUACAACGCCGCCAACGUGUACCUGCACGGCCGCCAGCUGACGCAGGCACUAGAUUACUAUGACCGGGUGGUGGAACUGGAUCCGAUGGAUGAAUGUGCCAUCCUGAAUCGGGCCAUCGUCCGCUCGCUGAGCGGCGAUGCCACGGGAGCUCUGGCUGACUUUUGCAAGGCCGCCACGCUAAGCCCACAAACGUCAUACAUCUACUUCAAUCGUGCAAACCUUCACUCUAUGCUCGGUCAGUACAAACGAGCGGAAGCAGACUACACUGAAGCUCUGACCCUUCAGCCGCACGAUGCAGUUACCUACUUGUGCAGGGCAGAAGUCCGUGGCAAGCUGGGGGAAAAGGAGGAUGCGAUAUCCGAUUAUAGACGUGCGGUGGAGAUACAGACGGGGAGAAAAGAGUCACUGGAAAUUCCAAUGUCUCGCCACCGGAUGUUCACUGUGAUGCUGCAAGACUCCGUGAACUGCACCGACCAGAAGUGCACUCAAACCUGCCCCUCAACAAUGAUCGGAACAACAAUCCCGCAUCUAUGACUGAGAUCCAGAAUUGGGCCUGUUUGGAAACACGCGGCACAAACUCCGCGUGACGCGAAUUUCAACAGCAUGGGGGUUAAAGCACUGUGCCCAACUAACACCGGAUCAACAAGCACACCACCAACGCACUGCCUGGCUUACACAACACGCAGCUCAUCAGCGAGCCCACCACUAACACACUGACUUACACAACACACAGCUCAUCAGCGAGCCCACCAUCAAAACACUUCCCGGCUUCCAUCUUCCACAGAAGCAAUGGACAGUGCUUAAAAACUAAAAAAGAUGUGGAUACCUGAGAGGUGGAAACGAAACACGCUCCAGUGUACUACUGCAGCUGCAAACACCAACCACAUACCGUAUAGACCUUCGCACUACCCCAAGCACACAUUUGAAGGCAAUGUGUAUCUGAAAUUCACCAAUUGUCAAACAAAGCAAAUGAGUGGCUUAAGUACUCAGAACUCUAAUCUGUAAUCGUUGCUUUUCAUUGGUCAUACGAAGCCAUCAUCAGUGACAUAAUGUCUAUUUUGUGUUGGGUGUUGCUCGGGUGAGCUCGCAAACUCAGCAAUGGAACGGCGAGAGAAGUGGCAUCCAAACCGUGGGCCUGCUGGUCACGGUUGUCUCCGCAAGGCCACGCGAAAAGGUCCACGAAACUGCCGUCGGUCGUAAGAUUUAGAGUCGCUUUAAUUUGUUAAUGGUGCACGAUGGACAGGCAAACGAAUUGUGAGGGUUGCCUGCGAGCGGUCUGCGGGGCGCAGAGUGGUUGGGCUGGAGUAUUGUUACUCACAACCUGCCUUUGCCAUGCCAGUGAUGUUUUUUUCACUCAUUGUGCAAUUGGUACAUUGCAUCAUCGUCUUGCGUAUUUUCACAUGCCCACCACGGCAAUCUACAAGCUGCGAGGGGAAGCGUACGGCCUAAAUCUAACAAAUAUAAUUAAAUCUGAACAUUUAAUAUGGAUUUCAGUUGUGAAAUGUAUUGCAAAUGAAGUAAAUUAAUUCAUCUUGUCAUGGUUCAUGGAGACAAAUCUUAGCAAUUUACAUUUUCCUCACAUCGUAUGGGUCCUUUAAAAGCCCAGCUGGCGAGUGUGGAAUUCAAUCGUUUUAAUAUCCCAAGUGUGUUACACCCAGCAUUUCACAUAUAGAUUAUGAAACUGAUGCCGUGUGCUAUAUAAAUGUCAGUCUUAAAACAAAGAACUGAUAAUGACAUUUCCUUAAGUGUAUUGAAAUAUUUGCAGUGAAAAUACAGUUUGUUCCAUGAGGUUAAUCGUCCCAUUAAAUCCCACGUAUGUAACAUUCGGAUGCGUCUGUAUCAAACAUUUGUAAAGUACCGGGGAUUCAUUUAAAUGUUAUUCUACUGCAUGAAAGGUGAUCAUUGUGCCCAGCGUCCAUGCUGAGCCAGAGCACAGAUUUUAGCUCAACCCAUAAUCAAGUUAUAGCACCCAAACGUUCCAAACCAAGAUCGUGGCAGCCAGAUGUCAAUGGCUUUACUUCCUGAAUGUGAUGUGAAUGCCAUUAAACCGCUUGUAUGAUAUCUGUCUCUCUCUCUCUCUCUUUGGUAUUGAUAUGGACUGAGUAGCAACUAAAAAUCGAUGCCUUAGUUGGGGACUUGUAUGAUUACGACAGUAUUCAUGUUCCUAUUACUUUUAAUGUUAGAUGAAAGUAUUGCAGCCCAUUGCAAAAGCAUUCUGUCACGACGACGACGACACCUUGCACAUUAACAAAUUAUAAUUUGAAUUACCUUCAGACAAUCACUCUACUUUGCUGCAGUUGAUGGUGUGACAUUCGACAAGUAAAUUAAAUAAAAGCUUUACACCUGG